AAUCAUCAUUAACAUAGGUUAUUGGUGUAAAUAAUAGCACACUAACCAUUCCACUGGAAUAGUAAAGCAGAUAAUAAAAGCACACUUACCAUUCCACUGGAAUAGUAAAGCAGAUAAUAAAAGCACACUUACCAUUCCACUGGAAUAGUAAAGCAGAUAAUAAAAGCACACUUACCAUUCCACUGGAAUAGUAAAGCAGAUAAUAAUAGCACACUUACCAUUCCACUGGAAUAGUAAAGCAGAUCAAGAGCCUUGUGGACCUAUUUGGAUUGAAUAAUGCCGUUACUCUCUGGAUUGAUUUCGUUGCUGGGAUUAAUUCAACUAAGCUCUCAAAGCGACAACAAUCUUAAGUUAGUUGCCGUGGCAACUGAUUGGGAGUCCGCACAAAACAAUUGUAUAAAUGAAACUCGUAUUUUGAUUUCGGAGAUGCCAAGUGUUAUUUCCUUGUCGAAUGUUAAGCCUGGUGACGUCAUCUGGGUGAACGCCAAAGUGACACGGAUAGAAUAUCAUGGCGGUAAAAUAGAGUAUUCGAAGUUAGCGUAUAUGCCAUCGGAGAAAUUUCUGGAAAACUGCAUAUGCGUCUCAAAGAUAGUUAAUGAUUCAGGUACGAGAACGUGUACCCGAACAAAAACUGCCAUUAACUGGACAGAGGCCCACCAGAAGUGCACAUUUAACGGGGACACGUGGGAUCCAUUACCGAGUCACAGAAUCAAGCAAACUCUUGCCAUGUUGGAAAAAGGCCCUUCUGUCUGGCUUUCGAAGUAUCCAAGCCGUAAAAUAGAUGUUUUAGAUGAAACAGUUUCAAAGUGUGUUUGUUUACAAAGUUUAGAAGACGGUAGUUUUGUAGAACGUCUCGAUAACUGCUCUAACUCUCACCGUUAUGUGUGUGCCAAAGACCGCGAUAAUCAUGCCCCGACAUUGACCCGUCUUGAAACACUGAUCCCAGAACUGAGCAUAAAUGGUGAUGCAAACGGAGAAAACAUUAGUGAUUUACCAGGAUCAAAUGGGAACGUUGAGUCCAAAACGUUGAUUGGCGCCAUUGCUGGUGGAGUAGCCGGAUGUAUCGUGAUCGUGAUUGCCGCCGCAGUGGCCGUUUAUGUUUGCCGACGAUAUCAUCGCAGACGACAGUACCGACAGAGUCUCAGGCGAUUCCAAAAUAAACAGACGAUCAAAAGCACGAACACCCUUCCACGAGCCUCUGACCUUGACAAGGGACGCUCUCUGACGCUAGACAGCUCGGUCGUACAGGGCAAAAUCAAAUAUGAGGACUGCACAGGCAAGAAGUAUGCAACGCUACAAGGUGAGGUCGCCCGCGAGUGUAAGGGGCGCCUAAACUGCCAGGGUUAUGUCAACGAGAAUGAACCGAAUAUAGACAGUAUAGAGGACCUAGAGAAAUACGAGGAGUUCAGUCCGUCUUGCAAUAACUUUCACACUCUUGAACCUGGUCAAGAAGUGUACGAAAACACGCGCCUCAAGAAAGCCUCCAUCCACACGGAUGAGAAGGCCUUUGACAACAGCGCAGAGGAUAACUGCUAUGUGGAGAAGGGUAAACCUAUUUUAACCAAGAAAAUACGUGGUGCUAAACAACAGCCGGAACAGGCAACACUGGUUACAAAUGAUGACUCUGAAUACGGAAGAGUUAAGUUGAACUAUGACAUUCCCCCAAGGCGACAGAAGGGACAGUUUGGUCUAAAAUUUUGUAAAGCAGCGGGUAACAAACAGAGAGCGAUUGCCACCGAGUUUUCUCAAAAACAAAGAGAAGGACAAGAGGACGAAGUGUCACAGGACGCUGCACUGGAUGAUCUUGACGAGUAUGAGAAUUUCAAUACACUUGAGCGCAAUCAAAGGGCUGUCAUAGAUCUGAAUAAACUGGAAUCAUAUGAAAACUUUGCCAAACAACAAAAACAUUCUAAAUUUAAUGGUUUGAAAGUUUCUGGUCCAUAAGUGUACAUAAGUGUCGAAUAUUUAUUUCUACAAAAUAUCUUACUUAGGCGUAAUGUUGACUUGUAUUUUGUAUGCAAAUACCAUCUUUAAUUGUGUAACAAGACGUUAAUACUAUAAAAAUAUGAAUGUCAGUAACGUGCAAGUAAUAUUGUUGCAUUUUCGUGAAAUUGCAUUGUAUUGCCAACACACCAAGAUAUACUUUAUAGCACUAUUACCACUUGUGUACCAGAUAUACGGAAACUUUGCACAAUAUUGACUGACGCGGUAAUUUUACUUAGAUAUUUAUAAAAGUUAUUUUAUUAAAAAGUGUGUACCUUAUUAACACAGUGUUAGUGUAUAAAUGUUUACGUUAUUAAAAAAUGUAUCGACCAAUAAUUAAAAUGUAUAUUUUUUGCAUAUUGUUCUACUUUUUUGGCAUGUGAGCAUCUCCACGGGAGUUUUGUCUGCAAGCUAGGCUAGUACAUGAAAACGUUAUUUCUAAUAUUUCGAGUGUUUUAUGAACGCAACUACGGCAAGGAACGAUGCGAAUUCGUUUUGUUUAUAUUGGUCUUAAUGUUUAAUCAGUGUCAGCGUGGUGGUGAGAGCAUUUCAUGCUUAUUUGUUGUAUGAAUUAUUUACUAUGUAUGUUUUAUUUGUUGCAAGUUUGAUAAAAUCUUUACAUUGGCGUGUAUGAAAUCAAAUAUUUUAGUAUGUGUUUUUA